AUGGCGAGCGUCUCGGACGAGCCCGAGAUGGACGACUGCCUCGGCUGUCGCCUCACAGGGUCCGCGACUCUGCUGGGCGUGGGCGCCUAUUUCCUCAACGAGCGCUCCAAGCUGCCGCGGCACGACCUCGGACAACGCCGCUGGCUGCUCGCCUGCGCCGGCACGUUUGCGGUCGCUGGGGUCUGGAGAGCCACCACGAAUCUGUUCGAGACGCCGAAGCAGUCACCAGCCAUUGCGGCUGACGACGCUGCUGGGAGCUCUACUGCCCAGCCCUGGUACGCCUGCGAGGACUGCGGUCGCAAGAUGCGCGCCUGGUUCGGUCAAAGGGAUUCGCCGCCGAUGCACAAGCAAGAGCAAGACCGUUGUGAUGAUAAAUAG